CCCGCUUUAAAAUUGGCAACUCUGAGUUAUAUUAUUUUACACGUGCUUUGCAUAUUUCAUAUUUUACAUUACACAAAUAAUUUUAUAAUAAACGAAACAAAAAUGGAAGAACAAAAAAAACGAGUAGAAGAUCAUAUGACGAAAAUGGUCGAGGAAAUUGAUAAGACCUAUUUACGAAAAAUGCAGAGAGAUAUGCACAGAUGCGCUGCACAAUGUUGUGAUAAUGAAACAUAUAGUAUACAAAAGAUUCAUAAUUGUGUAGAGAAUUGUAAUUCUUCUUUAAAUAAAGCACAACAAUAUGUUCAAGGAGAGUUUGAACGAGUACAGAAUCGUUUACAAAGAUGCAUAAUGGAAUGUAAUGAUAAUAUAAAAGACAAAAUGGGACCAAAUCCGACACAGAUUGAAGUGGAUAAGUAUAGCGAAGAGUUUGAAAAAUGUGCCAUUACAUGUGUAGACUCUUAUUGCGCGUUAUUACCCUCUUUAGAAAAGACUAUGAAGAAGGUCCUCAGUAAAAACGAAUUUGCAUAGUUUGUAAUUAGAAGAUAAAUUUUAAACAUCUCAUUUCAUUCUUCAUAUUUUUGUCUAACAUCAUAAAGAACACUUGUUUUUUUUUAGGCCCAAUGUAUAUGUAUGUGCAAUGAUUUUUAAAUGUAUUAUUCUCACACACACAUAAAAAAAAUUGCAAAUAUGUAUAUAAUUUAUUUAAUAAUGAAGUGAGAAGAUGAGAAAAAGAGAAAUUUAUCUCACAAAAAAGUAUAAUUAAUUAGGCUACCUGAUUUCUUUUUCCUUUUUUUAUUUUUUUCGCAUUUAUCUUUUUUUUUCUUCGCAUUUAUUUUUUUUUAUUUUUUUAUUAUUAAUUUUGCUUAUGUUUUUAUAUAGUCGAUGAAGAACUAGUUUUGAUUAAAUAAAAUACAGAGAUAAUAUAAUUAUAUAUUAAUAAUGUUGGAAAAUUAUUUUUUUCAGAAAUUCUGGUUUAUUAAAUAUACUUCAUGUUAUAUAUGGGUUAGUAGUUUUUGUUGAUAAGUAUGUAAUAAAGAUGUUACAGAAAACUUAAUAUAUAUUGUGUGUUUGUAAAUUAAUGCAUUAAAGUCUGAUAAGUAGUUAAUGGAUAAUAAAUAAUGUACAUGUAAGAGCAAGAAUGUUCUCUGUUUAGUGUAUAUGUAUGACAAUUAAAAGCGGCAUGCAUACACAUGAAAUGUGCACAUGUAGACAUAAUAAAUCUAGACCGAGUGUUGAGGAGUGAGGGUAAAAAAGGCACUUAGAAAGAGACAAAUUCUUUUUUGUGCCUCUUGCGUUCUCUCUCGCUCGUGUAUAGUAUAGCGAAAAAGAGUGCUACUACGUGCGAGAGAACACAAGGAACACAAAAAAAGUUAUCCUUUUUUACAGGAUCUUUUACAGGACCCCUACUCCUUGAACAAAGGUAAACGUUCUGUCUAAAUAUACUAUGUCUAUGUAUGUAUCAUUUGAAUUAUAGCGGGGAACACACACUUUUGCAUAAGCGCAUAGUCAUAAGCAUGAGGAAAUUGAUUGGUUCAUUUCUUCAUACAUAUGUUUUUGUGGAUCAAUCAAUUUCUUUAUGUUUAUGGUUAUGCGCUUAUGCAAAAGUGUGUGCUCCCCGCUUUAUGUAUGUAUCACUUGAAGGGCCAAUUUUACCACCUUCGGUUAAGUUAACCAACGGUUAAAAUCAGCAGGGUGGCAACAGAAAAUAGAGGUGAAAUGAAAACCAAGCAUUCUUAUCAUUUCAAUUGCUACCCUGCCGUUGGUUAAACGGGGAGCACACACUUUUGCAUAAGCGCAUAAUUAUAAGCAUAAGGAAAUUGAUUGGUUCAUUUCCUUAUGCAUAUAUUUGUGGACUAAUCAAUUUCUUUAUGUUUAUGGUUAUGCGCUUAUGCAAAAGUGUGUGCUCCCCGCUUUAAUCUAACCGAAGGUGGUGAAAUUGGCCCGAAGUGUAAAAUCAAGCAGCAAAGAAAAAAGUAGUAGUAGGAGACAUUCCGAUAUUGUAUCCUUAAUGCAAGUCAUAUAAUUGAAAGAGAAAGUAAUGCAAGACGCAUAUCCAGCGAGCGUUUAUCUUUAUUUAAGGAGUGGGAGUAAAGGUGGAUAUAAAAAAGAAUUCAUUUUGUUUCAUGCUCUUUGUGUUCUCUCUCGUUCGCAUGUAGCAUAGAAUUCUUUUUUGCUAUGCUACGCGCGAGCGAGAGAGAACCCAAGGAGCAUGGAACAGAGUUUAUCUUUUUUUACAUGCAUCUUUAUCGCCUUACUUCUUAACACUUGGUCUAGAUAUAUUAUGUAUAUGAGAGAUAGAGAUGCCAAUUAAUUAUCCUAUAUUUGUCUCACUUACUUCAAUUGAAUAUAAGGAGUGCGAGUAAGACAGUUAUAGGACAUCGCUUUCAGUUGUCAUACAUGUAUAUAUCUAACUGCCAAGGGACACCUUUUUUAUCAUAUAUGUAAUAUUAUUAUAUUGCUAGUCACGUAUCUUCCCAAUAAGCAGCGUUAGCGAAAACAUUACGGUGUAUAUCAGCCUCUCGCUUCCAAAAUUUGUGUAUUUGACGCAAUGCGCAUGCACAAAUUUUGUUGAGCCAAUAGUAUUACAUAUAUGGCACUACGUACCAGCGCAUGCGCAUUGCGUCAAGUACGCAAUUGUAAAAGCGAGAGGUUGAUAUACGUCUGCACCGUAAUGUUUUCGUCCGCGUUGAACUUUGUCUAACAAUAUAAUAGUAUUACAUAUAUGAUUCUUACCCUUGAAUGUACACAAAAUAAUGGUACAGUAAGAGAUUUAUUUGGACACAAUGCGAUUGGACAGAACUCAUAUGUGCUUAAGGUAACACGAUUGAUCAAUGAAAGAGUCUCUCAUUUUUAACUGGUUAAUUACAUUUCAGCCAAUUGAUAUAUACAGCGCGGAGCACACACUUUUGCAUAAGCGCAUAACCAUAAACAUAAAGAAAUUGAUUGGUCCACAAAUGUAUGCAUAAGAAAAUGAACCAAUCAAUUUCCUUAUGUUUAUUGUUAUGCGCUUAUGCAA